AUGAAAAUCCUUCUAUUACUAGCGGCCUUUGCUGCUUUGGUAAACGCAUCUUCUGCACCAGCCCUUGUCAUGUCCCACAAACUAGUACGUGGCUUGACGCUGGAAAUCGAAGAGCCCUUCACCAAAACGCAAGACCCCCAAAACGUCAACAACAUGAUCAAAAAGCUUGUGACAGAGUGUUCCAGUGACAUAUACCUUUUGGUGAACAUUCCUGGCCUUGCCAACAGUGACAUGUUGGACACAAAGGAGCAGGUUUGGCCCCAUUUAAUCAAAUACAUACACAUGGCAUCUACUGUCGUUGGACUUCCGUGGGUCGAGGGUCCGCUUGACUUGCAAUACUUGGAGAAGUACAUUGUGAAAACAUGCAAAGCUGAGGCCGUCAAUGUGUUCUACAGCGAGGAUGAAGUGGCGCAAUACAUCGACACAAGAAAACGGGUCGUUCGUGUGGAUAUGAACCCUCUACCACAAAACAAGGAGCAGCGGGCGGAGGCGAUCAAGCAGAGUGAUGAUCUUAUCCGGAAGAUCCUACGCAAGGCACCUUCGCCUCACUAUACCAUUAUCAUUCUGCUGAGCGAAAUGUCGCCUGUGCAUCCCAUACCACAAAUAAUGUUGGACGAGUCACCAGAAAUGUUUGAAAUAUUCUACAGCUUGCUCCACAGCCCUCUGCGUGAACAAGAAGUUGAAAGAAACAACUACAUGUACAGUGAAGUGGAACCUUUUUGGAAUGAACGAGGCGAUCCCAUGAAGAUCUAUUUGGACCGGCGCAAACGCGACGAGGUGCACUUUUUCAACUACGAAUUGUGGAAGAAAAACGAGAAGCUCGUUUCGACAAUCGCAUUGAUGGUGAUUUCCCUUUUUGUUGUCAAAGCUCUAUCGUUCGGGCUGUGGCUUGCUUCGAAAUUUAAAAAGACACACCAGGAUUGA